AGACUUUAAAAAAAUAAUGUGUUCUAUUCCUGAUGGAACUUAUGAAAUAAAAAUUGGUGAAACUUUUCUUAGAGGCGAUAAAAAUAAUAAAUCUUCCAAGGCUGAGUUCAACACUUUGAGAUUUGAUUUUAAACCUGCUUCUAUCACUGAUGGGUCAGAAGCUUUUCUUGCAAUUUCUUCAGGGGAAAAUAACGGAGUUCAGGUUAUUGUUCCCGGAGAAACAAAAAAGUCAACAAUUUUCCACGGAUCAAAAAAACCUUUGAAAGGAGACAAGGAAUGUUUAUUAAUUUUUGAUCAAAAUACUUGUCAACUUCGUUUGGAGAAACUUUCGGCUAAUAUUAAUGUUAAAAAGAGCAGAGACGCAAAAUUGUCAACUGAUGUAGAAGAACAAAUUGAAAAAAUGAUGAAAUUAAAAGCGCCUCCGCCCUCUCCAAUUAAAAUUAAAGAAGAAAUAAAAAAAGAAAGAUUAUUUUCAACAUCUUCAAAUUCAAUGAAUGAAGAGGAGGAGGAGGAUGAUGAAGAUAUGUUUGACGUUGAUGAAGAAGCUUCAGCUUUGGAACAGAUGAUGGCUCCAAAACAGUCCAAUUCGCAUAUUUCUGUAGCUGAACAACAACCAUUAUUAAAUUCAAUAAAAGUCGAACAAUCAUCAAUAAAAAUAGAAGCAAUUUCACCACAAAAAAUGGCAAAUAAUGGACAAAAUUUAACAGAAAAUAUCAAAAAAUCGCCUUCAAAAAAUAAUAAAAAAAGUAUUUUACACGAAGAUUUGGAAUUAAGUGAAAGUAGUUCAAGUGAAGAAAGUGAAGAGGAAGGAGAAGAAAGUGAUUAGAAGAAGGAAAGAAAUUAGUUUUUGUGUGGAAAAUUUGUGGAUAUAUUUUUUCUGUUUACUAAUUUUGAAGGUUUAUCUUUUUUUUUAUUCUUCUUAUUAAUUAAAAAAAGUUUUUUUAAUUAAAAAUUAAUUUUUGGGGGUUUUAAAUAAAUAAAUAUAUAGUAUAAUAGUUAUAGUAAAAAGGGAGAGGUUGUUUUUGGAUCGCAGUUUAUUCCCCUCCCAAAGUCCCUUUUUUAGAUAAAACAGUCCAUUUAUUCACCUUACAAUUUUUUUGUGAUAAAAAUUUUAUGGUCAAUAAAAUCAAAAGUAAACAACAAUAUUAUUUAACAUAAAAAUAAAAUAUACAUAUACUUUUUGCCUAAAUUCUCUGAACCCCUUAAAAAGAUUUUUUCUAAAAAUUUUUCCCAUGGAAAGUUUGCACGCAAAGAGAAUCCCCAAGAGAGAUUAAUGUGUGUUUGUGUAUAUAUGUAUUUGUUUAUCCCCAUUGAUUUAUUUUUUUUUGUUGAAAAUCCAAAGAAAAAGAAGCAACCGGAUAAUGACACUUCCCUCAAAGACUUUUUUUCUUUUUUUUGACAUGCUAAGAAAGAAAAGAAAAAAAUUUUCCGUUUUGAAGCCAAGUAUUUUUGUUAUUUUUAUGUUUUUAAGUCUUUUCCUUUUUCUCGAUUUAUUCGUUUUCUUUUUUGUUUAUAGUAAAGUGUAUAAUAAAAAAGAAAUUAAAAUCGCGGGCAGGCAAUGAACAAUGAUGGAAACAAAUUUUGGGUAUAAAAAGUGUUUAGGUUCGAACAGAAAGCGAACUCUGCCCUCAGAACUUGAAGAUUAUCCACUUAACCACAAAGUCACAGAAUCUAAGCAUUGAGAAAUACUGAAAAUUUUUAAACACUCUCCCGGAGAGAGUGUUUAAAUAAUCACUGCUAAAAAACAAAUCCCUCCAGGCACAGAUAAAAUGUUUAAUCCCGACCGGAUUA